UACAUCCAAAAGUCACUAGCUUCCCAGGCAACAACGGUAUACGUGGACGCAGCCACAUACACCAGAAGGGCGAGACAGACCAACCCCAACGCAGUAGCCGUGGUGAUAAACUCGGAUAUGCGAGAAAUCGUCAGCGCAUCUCUACGGGACUGCACGGUAGCCGAGGCUGAAGAAGCGGCCGUCGCUCUAGCGGCAGCGGAGGGCUAUCGGACUAGGCGGUCCUUAACAAUACUAUCCGACUCCCAAACAGCAUGCCGAAACUACAUGUUCGGCAGAAUAGGUCACAGAGCGCUCCGCAUACUCCGCUCUGAAGAUCCCCACGCACAAAACCCAGAAAAAGAACAGCCAAUUAGACACACGAUAAUGUGGACGCCGGGUCACACGGACGUGGAAGGCAACCGUGAGGUCGACAGGGUAGCUCGAGGAUACACUGCAUACCGAGCACCCUCCGCCAAUGACCUCGAGGAAACCGAGUCAGUCCCCAGAGAAUACUCGGCUAUCCUGAACCACUAUAAGGGCAGCAGAAAGCGGUACCCCUCACCGCAUAGCUCUCUCACUAGAGAGGACUCCGUAGCUUGGAGGCUGCUACAGACGGGUGCAUAUCCGAACUUAAACACUCUCAGUAAAAUACAACCCACACAGUACACUGACAAAUGCCCGUGGUGCCAGGAAACACCCACGCUCUACCAUAUAACGUGGGCCUGCCAGAAAACAAAUGCGGCACCAAUAAUACCAAACCCGAGUGCGGAGCAAUGGGAAGGAAUGCUCUCCAGCGACCGUCAGGACGUCCAACUAGGGCUGAUCCGACGGGCCCAGCUGGCAGCGGCAUCCAACGGAGCCCUGUACUAGGGGCAGACGGCCAUUGCCAAGAAAAUGGAAGACACCAUCUGACUCCGCGAA